AUGGAACGUGUGAAUGCAGUCAUCGAGUCUCAAGCAGCACGGUUCAUCGCCGUUGCGCUGGUCGCGUCCUUCGCAAGUCUACAAGCACGGUCAAUAUAUACAACUAUUCGUGAAUCAAGAGGAAAGGAACGUCUUAACCGCGAAUUGCAAGAGUUGUACAAAAACGACGCGUUGAAUGCCUCCAACAAAAACGCAUCGUCUGCUUCAAAAGAUGGGAAAAAGGAAAGCAACGAAACAGAAACGGCAGACGGUAUAGGAAACGCGCUCAAAGGGGCUGCAAGAGUGGCUGCGAGCGUGGUUGGAGGUUUCGACGACGAGUUAAUCCGGGAGCAAUUGGCAAGAAACUAUGCAUUCUUCGGAGAGGAUGGUAUGGAUACGAUUCGAAGAGCAACUAUUACUGUUGUCGGCUGUGGAGGAGUGGGGAGCUGGGCUGCAAUGAUGCUCGCGCGGAGUGGGGUCGCCAAGCUUCGGCUGCUAGACUUCGACUACGUGACACUGUCUUCGCUGAACCGGCAUGCGUCUGCGACUCGAGCCGAGGUUGGCACGCCCAAGGUCCAAUCCCUUAAGAAUAACAUUGCGGCUAUAGCUCCGUGGAUAGAUGUGGAAACGCUCGUAGAACUCUGGAGCGCCGAGAACGAGCAGGAACACCGGUGGCUAGACGGUUCGGAUUGGGUAAUCGAUGCGAUAGACAACAUUUCGACCAAGGUAGACCUAUUAUCGUAUUGCCACUCCAAAGGAAUCAAGGUCAUUGCUUCGAUGGGGGCAGGAGCAAAGAUGGAUCCAUCCCAUAUCCAGUCUGCCGAUAUAUCUCAGACAAUAGCCGACCCUCUAGCGCGAGCCGUGCGUCGCCGACUUCGUAUGCACCCCAUACAUCCUGUACUCUCUGGGAUUCCAGUUGUCUAUUCAACAGAAGUCCCACCGUCUGACAAAACAGACGGAGCGAAACCACUUGGGCUAUUGCCUCUACCAGAAGAAGAGUUCCAAAAGGGCGCAGUUCAUGAGCUCGCGCCGUUUUCCGACUUUCGGGUCCGUAUUCUUCCCGUUCUGGGAAUGCUUCCCGCAAUAUUUGGGAUGCAUAUCGCUACCUAUUUGAUAUGCGAACUUGGUGGAAGAAAGAUUGAAGAGCCACUAGCGGUCAAGGGACGGCGAAAGCUGUGGGAGAAACUAGCCAAAGACCUUACCGCGAGGGAAACAAAAUGGGCCGGGUUGGAGAAGCAACAGCGGAUACCACUCACAGAUGAAGAAGUCGGUUUCGUAUUUGAAGAACUGCAUCGUUCAAAAUCGUCGCUUCCUCCGUUCGAGUCACUCUCGAGGCCGACGCUCGUUCGUUGGAACUUUAACGAGCCAUUGAGUGUAGUAAACUGCGUUGUAAUGUCACCUCAAGAGGUGGCCAAGCAUGAGGAGGCGUAUCGAAAUGGCCAAAAGCCAGAGGAUGUCUGGGGGCCAGAGGUGGCGGCGGCAGUCAAGCGUAGACGAAUAGAGGCCCAAGAAUGGGUCAGAUCUGUGUAUUAA